CACCAUUCCUUCCACACUCACCCUCCUCAACAUCCUCUUUAUCUCACUUCUCCUUCCUCUGUUCAUUCAACGUAAAGAAGAAAUAGACAUGGCCGCCGCUCAAGCUGCACAGAUCACUUUCUACACUGCAAAGGUCUGCCCUUUUGCCCAGCGGGUCGAGCUUGCAUUCGCAGAGGCUGGCGCACAGAUCAACAAAUACCUCAUUGAUCUGCAAGCCAAACCCGACUGGUACGCUCCCAAAGUCAACCCCGCCUCCAAGGUUCCCGCAGUAGCCUAUGGCGGUCCCGUGGUUCCCGCCGACCAACCCUCCUCAGAGAGCACCAAAAUCGUUGAAUCCCUCGUCCUCCUCGAAUUCGUCGCCGACCUCUACCCCAAUGCGCAGCUCCUCCCCUCCUCCCCCCUCGACCGUUCCCGCGCCCGCUAUUUCAUCGAUGUCGUCUCUAACAAAGCUGUCCCGGGCUUCUUCUCGAUGGUCAUGAAAGCCGAAGGCCCCGAUGCGCUCUUCCGCGGGCUCGAGGAGAUCCAGUCGCUGCUCCCUCCUGAGGGUGGCUUUGCUGUUGGCGAGAAGUGGUCGAUCGCGGACGCGGCGAUCACGCCGUUCUUGGGCCGCACGGAUCUGCUGUUGAGGAACGAUAUCGGGAAGUACCCUGUGGGCGAGGGCCCGAAGGUGCACGCGGAGAUCUUCCAAGGAGCGCGGUUCGCGCGCCUGCAGAAGUAUUUCGCAGACGUGACGGCGCGUGAGAGCUGGCAAAAGACGUUCUUCCCUGACCACAUUGUCGAGAAAAUGAGCAAGAUUCUUGCACGCCCGGCUCCUAAAGUCUAGAUGGUAUGGAGGAUUUCAUGAUAUGACUCAAUGUACACGUAUCCAAGCAGCAUGUAACAAAGAUGCUCCAAUUAACAUCCAACCCCAGUCUGCUUCGAAUUACAGAUGCAAGUCUCGUUUC